UGGUGAAUCCACAUUUCCUUUUCCCAGUGCAGAUUGAUUGGUGAAUCCACAUUUCCUUUUCCCAGUGCAGAUAUUAUUAUUUUUGCUCCCAACUCACCUCCACCUCCAUCUCCACUUUAAUUUCAGCGUAUGCCGUUCUUGUGUAGUGCUGCUUCCUUUUCUAAUUCAUGCCCUUCCUCUCCUUUCUCCCCAAAUCCUAAUCUUUUGCUUAACCUCACAACCGCUUUUUAGGAGAAAGCCCAGUUUUUUAUCUUCGAGUUUUCUCAUUUGAGAGGACACUCGUAUUAACUCUGUUUUCUUCCACGCUAGCUGUAACAAUGGCUUCUACCCUGUCUUUCAGCUCUCUUAAUCCCUCAACGACAUCUUUCUCAAGAGCCAACUUCUCAAUUCCUACUUAUAAAGAAUUUUCAUUGGAUACUCUACCCUUUGGGAGCAGAACUAUUAAACGUACGAAGAAACUGCUGCCGGUUACAGCUGCAGUGGUAGAAGCACCACCUGCUAAUUCACCGUCAACACAAACUGUGACUGAAAAUCAUGGGAAUCGAACUCCUCGAAAGAAGAUUCGUGUACUCGUGGCAGGUGGUGGGAUCGGUGGUUUAGUUUUUGCUCUAGCUGCAAAGAGAAGAGGGUUUGAAGUUUUGGUGUUUGAGAAGGAUAUAAGUGCUAUAAGGGGGGAGGGACAGUACAGGGGUCCAAUUCAGAUACAGAGUAAUGCAUUAGCUGCUUUGGAAGCUAUAGAUUCGGAGGUUGCUGAAGAAGUUAUGAGGGUCGGUUGUAUAACGGGUGAUAGAAUCAAUGGACUCGUGGACGGAGUUUCUGGUUCUUGGUACAUCAAGUUUGAUACAUUCACUCCUGCAGCAGAACGUGGGCUUCCAGUCACAAGAGUUAUAAGUCGAAUGACUUUACAAGACAUACUUGCCCAUGCUGUGGGAGAAGAUGCCAUCAUGAAUUCUAGUAAUGUUGUUGAUUUUGUGGAUGACGGAAGCAAGGUAACAGUAGAGCUUGAGAAUGGUCAGAAAUAUGAUGGUGAUCUGUUGGUUGGAGCAGAUGGUAUAUGGUCCAAGGUGAGGAAAAAGUUAUUUGGGCCAACAGAAGCAGUUUACUCUGGCUAUACUUGUUACACUGGCAUCGCAGAUUUUAUUCCUGCUGACAUUGAAUCUGUUGGGUACCGAGUAUUCUUGGGACACAAACAGUACUUUGUAUCUUCAGAUGUUGGCGGGGGGAAGAUGCAAUGGUAUGCAUUUCACAAAGAACCACCUGGUGGUGCUGAUAGCUCCCAUGGAAAAAAGGAAAGGCUCCUUCGUAUAUUUCAGGGCUGGUGUGAUAAUGUAAUAGAUCUAUUACUUGCCACAGACGAAGAGGCAAUUCUGCGACGAGACAUAUAUGAUAGGACACCAAUAUUCACAUGGGGAAAGGGUCGUGUGACCUUGCUUGGUGAUUCAGUCCAUGCCAUGCAACCAAAUAUGGGCCAAGGAGGAUGCAUGGCUAUCGAGGACAGUUAUCAGCUUGCGUGGGAGUUGGAUAAUGCAUGGGAACAAUGCAUAAAAUCAGGGUCUCCAAUUGACAUUGAUUCUUGCCUCAGGAGCUAUGAGAGAGAAAGAGUACUACGAGUUGCCAUUAUUCAUGGAAUGGCAAGAAUGGCAGCUCUUAUGGCUUCCACCUAUAAGGCAUAUCUUGGUGUUGGUCUAGGCCCUUUAGAGUUUUUGACCAAGUUUCGAAUACCACAUCCUGGAAGAGUUGGAGGGAGGCUUUUAAUUGACAAGGUUAUGCCUUUAAUGUUAAGUUGGGUCUUAGGUGGCAAUAGCUCCAAACUUGAAGGGAGACCCAUAUGUUGCAGACUCUCAGACAAAGCUAAUGACCAGUUACCCAAAUGGUUUCAAGAUGAUGAUGCACUUGAGCGUGCUAUUAAUGGAGAGUGGAUUUUACUACCAUGUGGGGAUGAAGCGGGGCUUUUGAAGCCUAUUUCAUUAAAUCAAGAUGAGAAGAAACCCUGCAUAAUUGGGCAGUCAGCUUACUCCUCUAUCAUCGCACACGGAUCUCCUCCAUCAUUCUUGACGUUGCACACUCCAUUGAAGAUGACUUUGGCAAUGCAAGGAUGGCUAUCAUCACAUGAUAGGGACGGAACAGGAGCAGGGGAAGAUAAAGAUGAAGCUACUGUCUACCAUCUGAUUCUGGGUUUCUCAUUCAUGGGUUUUAGAUCUGGGUUUCUGAUUUAUGGUUUGACAAGGAUAGAACAGGAGUAAGCAAAGACAGAGACAGAGCCACCCUCCACCAAUGAUGUCGACAUAGGUGCGAAUAGGAGCAAAGAUGGCAGAGGUUGAGCGACUCCUUGCCAUCUGUCGGUGCCGAUGAAGCUUCCAAGAGAGAGGAUGAUAAUGGAGGAAGAUGAGGGCAAUAUUGUCUUGUAGCUAUUUUUUUGGGUUAAACUUGAGUCUUUUUUUUUAAUCCCAUGUUAUACCAGACAUGAUUUUAAAACUUAUUUCUAAACCCAGUUCCAAUCCCAAUCUCAGUCCUAAUCCCAAUCCUAAUCCCAUAAAAUUCAAUAC